GGAAGCCGCAUUCAGUUCUACCAACUUGACGGCAACAAAUGUGAACACUGAAAGUUCGCAUCGUUCGUUUGGCUGUGAAGAAAAGAAUUCGGCAGCCAUAAAAUAUUUUCGGGAAAUUUCAGCUGCAAAAGCAGACAAAUAGCCAAUAGUUAUCCGUUUUCGGUACACCGAUUCGUGAUCGCGCGCGUCCCGUGCAUUGUGUUGAGCGAAAAAAACUAAAUAAAUUGUGCUUUUGUUAAGCGAGAACAGGAUUCACCAGCAAUCAGCAUCCGAAAGCGAAAGCCGCAGAAAAGAAACCGUCGCCCAUUAGACAUUUUUUUGUGUUCAGUGAAUAUAUUUUUUUUUAUCUUGGGAGAAAGCUAUCGACCAGCAUUCAAUUUAAAUGUCAGAACCUCAGUCUUCGUUGCUGCUGAAAAAACAGUUAGCAGAGUUGAGCAAAAAUCCCGUUGAAGGAUUUUCGGCAGGACUAAUCGACGACAAUGAUAUCUUCAGAUGGGAAGUACUUAUCAUCGGACCUCCAGAUACUCUCUACGAGGGCGGUUUCUUCAAAGCACACCUGCACUUCCCGAAGGAAUACCCGUUGAGGCCUCCUCGCAUGAAGUUCGUCACAGAAAUCUGGCACCCGAACAUCGACCGCAACGGAGACGUGUGCAUCAGUAUUCUGCACGAACCCGGCGAUGAUAAAUGGGGGUACGAGAAGGCAUCCGAACGCUGGCUGCCGGUGCACACUGUGGAAACGAUCCUAAUAUCGGUGAUCUCGAUGCUGGCAGAUCCCAACGAUGAGUCGCCUGCGAACGUCGACGCGGCCAAGGAGUGGCGGGAGGCGUAUCCAGAAUUCAAGCGGAAAGUGGCGCGGUGUGUUCGGAAGAGUCAAGAGGAUUGUUAGUAGGGUUUUUAAAAAAAUGUCUUAUAUUUAUUAAUUAAUUAAUAUAAUAUUACUAUAAUAAUGAAGAAAAAGGAAAGGAAAGAAUAACGAUGCUUGAUGCUAAAUGGUGAUCGAUUGAUGAUGAUUGCUAAACGCAAUAUCGACGAUUGAUUUUCUUUCCUCGGAAUCAUGAAAAAAGAUGCAAGCAUGUGCGAGUGCGGCUUUCAGUUUUUUUUGCAACGAAAUAUGCCGACGAACGCUCUUCAAUUUUUUAAAAAUAAAAUUGCAUCCAAAUUCUCAUUUAUCUAGCCCGAAUACAUAAAAGAUUUUUUCCAACAUAAACUAAUUUUUUAGUAAUAUAAUAUUGUCCAAUGCAAAAUGCUUCGCAGAUAAAUCGAGUGAUAAUUUUUAUUUCAGUGUCUUUAUUUGCUGAAAAUAAAACCAAACUAGGCAAUUUUUAACUUCUUCAUUGUUUUCAUUAUUAUGCUUUAGCGUGUGGGGGGAGUUUCAUUUGCUGACUAGACUAGAUAUGAUUAAACAAGAGAAUUUGAGUUUUGAAACAUUUCGUUAUCAAAUUUAAUCCUUUCUACAUCAUUUUCAAACUCUUUAACAAGGACGAUUCUUAUCUAAUUUGACUAUUUAUAAUCCUACACUAGCAUUUGUCAUCGGUCUCAGUCAAUAGCAGGGUAGCAAUAUGAUGUUCCGCAUUUACUGCAUACUUCGAGAAUAGAAUUGAAUUAUCAUUAGUAUUCUACAAUAAUAUACCAAUCCAAAAAUGGGAUUUCAGUUUUUUUGGCCAUUCUGUAAUAUUGUAUGAAACAAUUACGGGCAAUUGCUUGAAGUUCGAUUGAUGCUAAUGGGAGUCCCCUCACACGCUGACACAAUCAUCUCUGCAUAUCAGUUGAGAAAUUAUCCAAAAUGGUCAAAAGUUAUCAGCUGAUUCGUUAUCAUUUCGAUUUAGAGAAACAUAAGACGGAGGAAAAACCAACAGUGCAACAAGGCUUGAACGAAGAACAUUCAGCAGAUGGUACCAAAAUCAAUCAACAGACAUACUUUGGGGAAGAUCGGAUUCUGCGUUCUUUCUUUCUAAUUCGACUGCUAUGCUACUGGUUAUCAUGACGAAGAAGAAAACACUAAGAGAAUGAAAGGUAUUGACGAGAAAGGGUCAUGCUUGCUGCAGAGAGUAAACACUCAGGAAAUCAAUCACACAUUUGUCCUGUUGAAAAUUAUGUGCUUAUAUAAAUAAUAGGUGUAAAGUGCCCGCUAAAUGAUUGAAUGAAGAAAGAAGUGAGUGAUUAAAAAUGACAAAACGGUGAACAACUCGGGCCAAAAUAAACCAGAAGACGAACCAUUUUGCGACGACUGCUCAUUAUACUUGAAUUCAGCUAUUCAGAAUAGAAAAGAAACUACUAUAAUGAGAUUGAUACUAAGUAUAAGUUAAAAUAAUUUUCCCUACUCUCCCGGAGAACAGAUUCAGUGCUUCGUUCUGUAUGUUUAGGAACAAAUAAAAGCUUUUUAAAUUUACGUUGAAAUUCUGAAA